AUGGCGUUGAAAAUUUCUCACAAUGUGUGGUGGAGAAAGGCAUAUCAAGCUGCUGGCUUUCGGAAGGGGUACAAUUUUCCUCUCUUUAUUAUUUUCGCGGGCUCAAUGCUCGGCUUUUCUCUCGCGCGGAUCAGCUACCUGAACAUCGGUGGGAAUGCAUCCUCAUCUUACAAAAAAGGCGCUGCGCCAGGAGAAUGGUACUGGUAUCGAGAAGGACUCGCUCGAGUCGGAAUAUCGAUCCACCUUGGAUGCAUAAUCCCAGCUGGAGUUCUCAUGGUGUGGCAAUUCGUGCCUGUCAUCCGCCACAAAUUCAUUCUUCUCCACCGCAUCAAUGGCUACAUUGUCAUUGUCUUGGUCAUGAUCUCGAAUACCGGUGCAUUUCUCAUCAUUAGGCGAUCGUUUGGUGGCACUUUACCAACUCAAGCAGCAAUGGGCCUCCUCAUCAUUCUCAGCACUAUCUCCAUAGCAAUGGCAUAUUAUAACAUCAAACGACUACAAAUCGAGCAACACAGAGCUUGGAUGUUGCGUGCGAUGUUUUAUCUUGGAGUCAUCAUCACUACUCGGAUCAUCAUGGUGAUCGCUGCUCAAGUGUCGACUGCAGUAGGCAAGUACUACGUACCCAUGAUUUGCGAUGAAAUUGUCUUUGUACAGGACUCACUAACACAAAACAAUACAAUGUAUCCACAAUGUAGCAUUGCCAAUAUGUCAGUUGAUGGGAUGAUUGCGGUUGCCGCAAACUUUGGGAGUGACAGGAAGGAGCAACUUCAAGCCAGCUUGGAACUGAACUUCGGCAUGGCCGCGUGGCUUUCCAUCUUUCUGCACACUAUUGGUGUGGAGAUCUACUUGAACCUGACACCUGCAGAAGGGGAACGUCUGAGAAGAGUUAGUUAUGCAAAGCAAUUGGAGGCUGGUAUGAGGAAUCCGGGAAGUGCGGGGUUGACGGUUGACAGGUGGGGGGAUGCGGACGAGUGGAUUGUGCCAGCAGAGGAUACUUAG